AUCUAAUUUAAAUCAUUUAAAAAAAUCUCUAAAUUUUAUUUUAUCGAUGUGAAACCAGGACAAAAACUGCAAGAAAUAUAAUUAAUAUAGCAGAGGCAAUUUCUCUGUUUAAAGUAAAACAAUGAAAGGCGUUUCUUAGCAACCACUGUGACGUUAACCAAUAGUAUGUUCCGUUACGUAUGACGUGUUACGCAAGUCGUCCGCUCUUUUAAACUGUAACACUGCGCUCAGACUUCACUCUGACCUGUCUCAAGAGGGAGUUUGACUCUACGUCUAUUUACACGAACAAAAGGAACUUUAUGGAGCUGUAUCGUACUGUUUCAUUCUGGAGUUUCACUCUCUGCUCAGCUUUCGUCCUCAGCACACCAACUGACGGUCAGCGCCAGGUGGUUGGUCCAGCUCAGCCAAUCAUAGCUGCUCUUGGUGAUGAUGUCAUCCUGCCAUGUCACUUGGAGCCCAUGGCUGAUGUUCAGGGUAAGACAGUAGUUUGGUCCAAACCGGACCUUAAACCAGACCCCUUGAAUCCUCAGAGAGGGGUGGACUAUGUGCACCUGUACAGGAACAGGAAAGAACUCCCCGACAGGCAGAUCCCGUUGUAUUCUGGCAGGACGUCGCUGUUCAAAGAUGAACUGAAAAACGGGAACAUAUCGCUCAAAAUCACAAAUGUGACACUUGAAGACCACGGCAGAUACAAAUGCUUUAUCUCCAGGUUGAACAGCAAAGUGAACGAAGCCAUACUUCAGCUCAUUGUUGUUCCAAGCACUGUUGAAACCUCAACAACUGAGCUGCCGCUGAAUCCUGGAAACCUCCAAACUCCAGAUCCACUGGACAAGAAUCUGCCUAAAGCAGACGAUUAUUCCACGCUGUGUGUUGUGAUCCCGCUUGUGGUCCUCUUAGUCUUCACCUUAGUAGCCGUCUGUGCUUAUUUCUUAGUGAGAAGGUCUCAACAAAACAAUCUUCCAGACAAAGAUGCCCCCCAGAAAAAACCACUUACAGUCUAGGUGCCUCGCUCAGGAGUUGUUGGUGUGAAUGGAGACGAGUUUAUCGGGAAUUUAACUCUUCAUAAUCUUACUGGUCAAUCUGGAGAUUUUAACCAGCAGCCACCAGGAGUCACAGCGACUUCUUCAGGAGAACGAAACAUCUACUAAAGAAGCUGAAGCUCCUGGCUGCUGGAAGAAUCUGGUCCAGUUGGGAAACUUUCAAGGCUAGUCUUGUUUCACUGAUGGAGUUUUUCUCAACUUCUGCAAUGACAUUGAACAUUUGCCAACAAAUUGGAGAUCUUCUUAUAAACGUUCAACCUGUAGAAGAAAUUGGAGCCGUCUUUUAGGACUUUUUUCUAUGGAUGGAAACCCACAGAACUUCUCAACCAUAUUUUUGGUCGAAAUCAUCAGCCCUGCUGGUUUUGCUUUUCUGGAUGUUCGAUGAUGCUGCACAGAUGUGAACAUGUCAGCCACAUCUUCAGGACAACUGUAUCCAAAAAUGCCUGAUACAGGAACUUUACCUUGGAAACAUGAUUUACUCCAAGAUCUACAUCAAAAUCUGGGACUUGUUCCUUUUAUUGGCUGCUGAGUAGCUGUUUGUGAGCAUGUUUGACAGGCUCAAACUUUUUAAUGUUAUUUACAUUUUUUUUUUCAAUUCAACUCAGUUCAAAUUGUCUAAAGACGCUUUACAGAACCUACAUACCUGAACCCCCAGAGCAAGCCCUAAUGCAUAGUCCCUUUUAAUGUGAAGAAACCUUGAGCAGAACCCUGCUCUUUAUAUGGGGGGACCCAUCUGCUGCUGGCCAGCAGGUCGGUCAGAAAGGACUGUUUUAAGCUGGUCUUAAAAAUAGAGAUGGUGUCCGGCUGUCGAACCCAAACUAGGAGCUGGUUCCACAGGAGAGGCGCCUGAUAACUGAACUGUCUGCCUUCCAUUCUACUUUUAGAAAUUCUGGAAACUGUUUUUUUUUUACUUCAUAAAGAAACUGUGCUACGAUAUGGAAACCGACACAUUGUGAUCAGAAGCAGUCAAAUGUUUACCAGAUGGAGUUUUAUGCAGCCUGUAACUGAAUGUAAGUGAUGUGUUUGCAGAAGAGGUUUUCUGAUCACACUACAUGCUUGUUUUGUUUUUUUACACUUUCAAGACAUUUCUCAGGUUUUUCUGCUUUUGAUUUGAAAAGUAACUUGAUGUUAUGUUCAAUGCAAAGUUCCAGUUUCUGUAACUCGGACUGGAUGAUGAUGAAUGAUGAUGCUGUAAUUUAAAUUUAAAUUUAAAGUGGUCCUCGGCAGUACAGCCAAGGAGAAAAUCUUUCCUUUGUGACAGUUUGUAGCGUCUUCGUUAUUUCAGUUACUGAUGAUAAGAAACUUAAAGUCACUCCAGCCUUCAUUUAUUUCUGGUCUUAUGCAGCAGCUGAAUAUGAAUCGACCAGAACACACCCUGUGGGGUUUCAGAUGAAGAAUGUAAGUCUGACACAUUCAUUUCCAGAGCUAAACUACUUAUAAACCACAAAAUGUAAAAAAUUAAAAAAAAAAAGUCAGAUCUCCUGAGCAUCAGCAGCUUUUUAGUGAGGCACCUACAGUUUGUUGUAUUUAUUGCACUACAUUUAUUUAUUGUGGUAAAUAACCUUGUAAUUCAUGUAUUGAUAUUGGCACUGUUUUACUUUAAAAAGUGUUCCAAUAAAAAAAUUCCCAUUUGUUUGUGAACUACUUCUACCUCUUUACAUUCUGAGCCAUAGUUGCAGUGAAUAAAAGUUUGAGUUGCACUAAA